GGGAGACGCCUUCGCCUUCCUACAGCCAACGCCGCCAUGAUCCCGGUGUCGCUGCUGGUGGUGGUGGUGGGCGGCUGGACUGCCGUUUACCUGACCGACUUGGUGCUGAAGUCAUCUGUCUAUUUUAAGCAUUCUUAUGAAGACUGGCUGGAAAACAACGGGUUGAGUAUCUCUCCUUUCCACAUCAGAUGGCAAACUGCUGUUUUCAAUCGUGCCUUUUACAGUUGGGGACGGAGAAAGGCAAGAAUGCUUUACCAAUGGUUCAAUUUUGGAAUGGUGUUUGGCGUAAUUGCUAUGUUUAGCUCUUUUUUCCUCCUUGGAAAAACAUUGAUGCAAACUUUGGCACAAAUGAUGUCUGACUCUCCCUCUUCUUCUUCCUCUUCUUCCUCUUCCUCCUCCUCCUCUUCCUCAUCCUCUUCUUCCUCCUCCUCCUCACUGCACAACGAACAGGUGCUACAAGUUGUGGUUCCUGGUAUAAAUUUACCUGUCAACCAGCUGACCUAUUUCUUCGCUGCAGUCCUCAUUAGUGGUGUUGUACAUGAAAUUGGACAUGGGAUAGCAGCUAUUAGGGAGCAAGUUCGAUUUAAUGGCUUUGGAAUUUUUCUCUUCAUUAUUUAUCCUGGAGCAUUUGUUGAUCUGUUCACCACUCAUUUGCAACUUAUAUCACCGGUUCAGCAGCUAAGGAUAUUUUGUGCAGGUAUCUGGCAUAAUUUUGUCCUUGCACUUGUGGGUAUUUUAGCCCUCGUUCUCCUCCCAGUGAUCCUCUUGCCAUUUUACUACACGGGAGUCGGUGUUCUUAUCACUGAGGUGGCUGAGGACUCACCUGCCAUUGGCCCCAGAGGUCUUUUUGUGGGAGACCUUGUCACUCAUCUACAGGAUUGUCCCGUUACUAAUGUGCAAGAUUGGAAUGAAUGCCUAGAUACCAUUGCCUAUGAGCCACAGAUUGGUUAUUGUAUAAGUGCAUCCACUUUACAGCAGUUAAGCUUCCCGGUUAGAUCGUACAAACGACUAGAUGGUUCCAUGGAAUGUUGUAGCAAUCACAGCCUCACGGAUGUUUGCUUUUCCUACAGAAAUCAUUUUAAUAAGCGAUUGCAUACAUGUCUACCUGCCCGGAAAGCUGUUGAAGCCACUCAAGUUUGUAGAACCAAUAAAGAUUGUAAAAAAGGCUCAAGUUCAAGUUUCUGCAUAAUACCUUCGUUAGAAACUCACACUCGCUUGAUUAAAGUGAAGCACCCACCUCAAAUUGACAUGUUGUACGUAGGCCAUCCACUGCACCUCCACUACACAGUGAGCAUCACCAGUUUCAUCCCACGUUUCAACUUUCUAAGCAUCGACCUCCCUGUGAUCGUGGAGACAUUUGUCAAGUACCUGAUUUCGCUCUCAGGAGCGCUGGCUAUUGUUAAUGCAGUGCCCUGUUUUGCUUUGGACGGACAGUGGAUUUUAAACUCUUUUCUGGAUGCCACCCUGACAUCAGUGAUUGGAGACAAUGAUGUUAAGGAUCUGAUAGGAUUUUUCAUAUUGCUUGGGGGCAGUGUGCUUUUGGCUGCCAACGUAACCCUGGGCCUCUGGAUGGUCACAGCACGGUAAUAUUCGUGCUUUCUUCAGAAUCUCUGAGUUACAGCAUACAGCUCGGUGGUAAUAUCCCUUGCCAUUCGAAGGCUGACUUGUAACUUGGUGUGAAAUAUAAAGUGCUUCUUUAAAAUGACAUCUUAGCCAACAGCUUUGAACUCCUCUUAGUUUUAAAGUCUGAGCAUACACACUUCAGAUGCUACUGAACAAUUUCUAAACACCUGAAAAUUCAGAUAGUGCCAUUUCAUAUGACUAUAUACUGUGUUGAAAUCCAGCAAAGCAGAAUAAAAUUGGGUGCUUUCAAGUUUCUUGGAAAAGCAUUAUCGAUACGCAUUUUGAAGGAGACCAGACUUUUUGACCAAGUAGAAGAGCAAGCAUUUUCUUGUUCUGUAUCUCUUGUUCUUUGUCUUGUUAGACAAGUAUUUUUAAAUUUAAUGCUGUAUUAUUUUGUACUUUGAAAACUGAGGCCCGAGUACCCUUAAAUUAAUAAAGUGCUAUCAAAGAGCCUGCUGACGUGAAAGGGAACAUCUUUGUCAACUGAUGCCAAAUAAGCAAAGCAGGAAGUAGGAGGACCUAAGAUCGCUGGGGCCACGCUUUGCCCCAGGAGAGUUGCCUCCUUGUGUGGCUCUGCCCUCAUAAAGCAGCACUGUCCUUGGCAUUCAGCAUGAGCUGUGAACAGGUGUCCCACCGUCCGCAGCAUGUGAGUUGAGGCCGUCAGGGCUGCACAGCAGAACCUACCCAGGUUUUCACCGGGGUGACGGACUCUCGUACAAUCCUGGUUACCAGCGCCUGGAGGGCUUUGCAGCUUGGAACUCUUCCAAGGUAUGCUAAAGAUUUUUUCCCUUGUGCUGCUGAGGCCUGGCUUUGGGGUGCCUGUCUCCUGGGAGCAACCACCUUAAGCCUUGAGCCACGUGUUGUCUUCACCAGCUGCUCCCCGGUUUCCUGUAUCAGGUGAUCAAACACCUAGUCCUUGCUUUCCAUUUUGUCUGUUUCCUCUGUGGUUCCAUGGAAGACUGUAGAACAGUGAGCAUAGCCACACGGGAGUAUAAACAUGAACAUGCCCGUGUAUGGGAACUGACUCUUGAGCCCAAAAGAGUGAUGCCUGGUUUAAGGUCUUUUGGACUGGAGAUCUGAGUCUAGCCCUGGAAAACUAGGGAGGUAACAGGCCAGUGUGAAGAUACCGGUCUUAGAAGGGUUGAGAAAAAUUCAUGCUUGCCUCAUACGCUCAGAAAGCAAGGAACAGCAGUUAUACAUUGGACAACCCUUUAUCCAACCCUUUAUCCGCUGUCAUUAAGUGAACUCGUCAAUGAGGGGACUAGUAUGGUCCUAGAACAUAAGGUCAUUAUAAAACUUUAUUACAAAUUUGCCUCAUUUCUAAAACAAGUUAGAGAUUGAAUAUAAUGUGAACAUUUUAGUAAAUGACUCCGGAUCAUCCAUGAAUACCAGUGAUCAAACCAGAAAAUUGUUUCCAGGACAUGAUAGCACUUGUUCUCCCCUUAGGAGUGUUUGUUAGCAUCAUACUGCGCAGGCUUGAGAGCGGGAGAAAUGCCGUGAAUUAUACAGGGGGCUUCCAACAGUUUAUGGAAAAAUGGAAUGAAAAGAUAAUGAACUUUCCCCCAUAAAUUUUAAGUCCCCUUGUAUAUGCAUGCCUGUUUUGUUGUUUUUGACAUUUUUUCCCCAUAGAGGAAAUCUAUCCAUUAACUUCUUUUUCUGGGUUAAAAACAAAACCAAACCCUUCUUUUCUGUCCUCUUCUUUUUUUUAAAUCAUUUUAUUGGGAGCUCUUACAGACAUUAUAACUAUCCAUAAUUCAAUUAGAACCUAUACUGUCUUUUAGCUGUUAAACACCUUGGUCUUGAACUAUAUACAGGCUGAGAGUUGAGGAAACUGAGUAAAUCAGUAGGACUUUGUAUAGAAGUGGCCUCAUGUCUUAGAUAAAGACAGUGUUGCAUGUUUGUCUCUUCCCCUUGCUUGUAGACAUUUCUUGAGGGUGGACCCUGCCACGUUCAUCUUGGAAUGCCUGACAGAGCAUGAGUGCUUAAUAAAUGCGGUUGAGUGAUGGGGAUUAGUGUUAUUUAUGGAGUAGAAAAGCAUGUUUCUAUUUAAAUAUGCUGUUAAAUGUAGUAUUAGAUAUUUACUAUAAAUAUAUAUUAGCACCAAAAAAGUAUCUUGAAAGGUUGUGUGUCCCUCAUGGUGUGUUAAUGUCUUUAUGGACAUGAUCCAUCUUUGUUUCUGCAAAGUGCUUAGAAAAAUUUCCUCCUUUUGAGGAUUUGAAGAAAGUAUGCUUUCUGAGUUGUGAUAUGGUUUAUUAUCAGUGUUUCUACUCUGCAUUGUUUACAUCUUCAAGGGUUGGUGGGUUUUGUUUUUGCAAUCACCUACAAUCUUAAAAAUACAUACCUAUUUUUCAUCAGCUCCGUUUGAAAAGACAUGCAGGUAAACUUGACCUUUAAUGCGCUUAUAGGUCAUUGUCUGUUCUGACAGUAAAUUGUAAAUGUAUCCUUCAUAACUAUGUGGCCCUCAGUCAUUGUGUCCUGUGGUAUUUAUUGAAUGUCUGUAUACUAAAGGUGCACAAGUACUAACACCCCCCAAAAAAAUACAUUUUGACUGUGUUGUAAUUCAUUCUUAAGCUGUAGAUUGAUAAUGCCAUAAUUGCUAACAUUUGGUGUUUAGCAAUAAAAGAAUAAAUGUACCCGCAUUUUAUGUUUUCUCAUCA